CCAACACAAGCUCUUCUCCUGUCUGGCCCCCCAAUGGUGGAAUCAACUCCCCACCUCCAUCAGGGACACUGACUGUCUCCCCACCUUCAAGAAAAGGCUCAAGACGCACUUGUUCCGGGAGUACAACGGCACUUAGGAAUGCUUGGCUGUACCUGAUGUUAGUUUUCUCCAGGAUCUCAAUGACUCUUAUUGAGAGACUUGUUGCUCUUGUUGGUUAGUUGUAACGGUUUUAAAUUCUUGUCCUCGCUGUGAAAUAUUUGACUGUUGAUUGUUUUUCUACAGGUACACUCUUGCACUUUUUGAGUUUCAUGUUGUUUAAUUGUAACUUGUUUAACUGCAUGCUCUUAUGGUUCUUCCCUUUGGCACUUAUUUGGUUUUCCACAAUGUGUGCUUCAUGUUUUGGCUGCUCACAAUGUUUGGGGCUAUCUCGUUGUUAUGAUCAGUGACCUAUGCUCUUUUGUAAAGCUCUCUCUUGGAAGUCGUUUUUGGAUAAAAGCGUCUGCUAAAUGCAUAAAUGUAAAUGCUAAAUGUAUAAAUGUAAAUGCUAAAUGUAUAAAUGUAAAUGCUAAAUGCAUAAAUGUAAAUGAUAAAUGCAUAAAUGUAAAGAAGCUCUCACUAGGGUUCUCUAAAGGGUUCUCUAAAGAACCCUAUCUAAGUCAGAUAGAACCAUACAGAGUUACAAACAGCAUCGGAAAGAGCUGAAAAUGGUUCUGUUAUGUUUAGACCUUCUUAAAUGCUUCUUCUAUUCUCACAGAGAGUUAUUUGUGGCAGACGAUUUGCUGAUGUUAGUGUGUGCACAGUUUUGCCACGGUAACCAAAGAGUCUGUAUUCUGAUUUUUCUACAGUGCUGCUCACCCUGGUCAGGACUCAGAAACCUCAUGUUUCCAUGGUCCCAAAUUUAUAUCAAGUUUACGCCGGGGAUACAUUGAAGUUGACAUGUAACAACGGUGGUCCUUCAGUGCAAUGGUUCUUCAACAACAUCCAGUCACCUGAACAAAACUUGGACUGGCAGAGGACUGCAAUAUCUGCAAAAAACUCUGGCUCCUAUCGCUGUGAGUCCAACGGACAGAGUAGUGACAACUUCAACAUCUCUGUUCUGGCCUACCUCCCUCCUUCAAUUCUCUCCAUCCGUUCGGGCCGACCAGUAAUCCAAAGGGGCAGUUCAGUCACGCUGAACCUGGAGGUAGAAGAUGGGCUUGAGGGCUGGACCUGCUGGGUGUACAAGAAUGGAAAGGUCGUCAAGAUGAGAAUGAAGAAGACUUUGAUGAUUGCCAGCAAGACUGAGGUGGCGUUCCAGCCCUACGAACUGGAGGAAAACAUGGGCCUCUACUGGUGCAGUGAUCAGAACAACCAGAAGAGGAGCAGCAUGGUCACUCUUAGGACUUCAGAACUGAAGGUGCUGAUGGAGACCCCAUGGCCAGCCAGGUUGGGAGAUCCUGUGACCUUGAAAUGCAUCAUCCCGGGGCUCGACAAGAUUGAGCGUGCCGUGUUCUAUAAGGACGGAAAAACCAUCCAGGAGGGUUCCAACGCUUUCUUCCCCAUCGCCAGUGUGGUGCAGUCGGACCAGGGGUCGUACAAGUGUAAGGCCACCUACAAAGGGGUCACCACUGGAGAAACGCGCGAACACGUCUCCGAGGCUCAGAAGCUGGUUGUCAUGGACGCCCCUCCGAGAGCAUCUCUCUCCAUGACCACGACCAUGUCCUGUACUUGCUCCAUGUGUCCCGAUGGCACCAAGUAUCGCUGGCACUACCAAGAGCUUGACCGCCCAUGGGUAUAUACGGAAACGGGUCCAUCUUACAGUGAUAAAAUACUGCCUGGAAGAUACGCAUGCAGCGCUAUAUGGCAGGAUGGACGGACAUCUAUGAGCAACAUCUAUGUUGCUUCCGGGGAACCUAUUAAAUGGCUGAUGCUGUUGGUCGUCAUAGCAGUCCUGCUUGUCUUGAUGGUUGUAGUUUUCAUCAUAGCCUUCAGGUGCAAAAAGAGGAGGACGGCCAAUGUGAUUUAUGAAGAUGUUCAGAUGAUGGGGGUGAAGGCGGGCGGAGAAGACGGAGGCUACGAGGAGCUACGCCAAAAACGUGAGGGGGCAGAGUAUGACACCUUGAAAGCUGUAGCGCCCCGUGGUGAAGAUGGAGCCCUAGAGCCAAAACGCAGCGCCGAGAUGACGGACGCACCCUCUAGUGGAGCAGGAGGGUAUGAGCAACUCCGACUGAAACCAGGCGUUGACAUGGACGAGUACCACACCUUGAAGGCAGAUGCCCUGGGUGUAAAGAAUAAGGAUGGGGAAUAUGAAGCUUUGAAACCAGAGCCAGAAACAGAGAGAGUGUACCAUACCUUAGGGCCGGUGAUAGGGGCUGAAGGGGGGGCAGAGGUGGGGUCCCAGGUGGCAAAGUAGUGAGCGUAAGCAGAGCACCAGACCAGCGCAGCAGGCUGGAUGGCAGCGUAAGCAGAGCACCAGACCAGCGCAGCAGGCUGGAUGGCACCCAAACCAUACAUACCGUAACCGGUAAUGGAAACAUUUCCCAUUAAAGAGUUACCAGUUUAGUGAAACAACUCUUGUAACCAUUAAUUCAUUCAUUUGCUUAUUCCCAAAUGACAUAGUUGUAAUUAACUCUUAAACACAUGUCAUGUAUAUUUACUAACGUAAGAAAGCACUGUGUCACUGAAUGAUUUGGUAACCAAUAUCACUGAGCUACAAAGUCAAAAGUUUUUAUAAAAACAAAAAUACAUUGUAGAUAUAUAUAUCCUCCUGAGAUCCGGCAAUUAAUUGAUGUCCACGAUAGUGGAGGGUUAGUGGAUUUAUCAAUCUGUGAAUCAACUUUAUGAUCCUUGUACAUAAAUUGCAUGCUUAAUAUAGUCUGAUAAAAAGCUGAAGGGUAUUUGUUGAAAGAGUUUUCUAGGACUUAAUGCUUGACUCUCGCUAUAUUUUACUCUCGCACUUUUUAUAAAGAGUGAAUGAUUACAUGUUUUUAAAUUUUGUAAUAACAAAUGCAAACCAGAGUUGGUAAUCACUUGUGAAUAGCUUUGAGUGUCAUUGUAUCAUGUAUUGUUAAAGGAUUGUUAUCAAGUUUUAGUGUAUUGUGGAGUUGUGUCAUGCAAUGUUAAAAGGUGAGUGAUGUGAUGGAAACAUGAGUCAUUGUUUCAAAAAUGACUGUUGAAUUUUUAACAGGAAAUAUUUCAUGAAUGCUUAAAUAAAGAGUUGAGGUGU